AGAGCCAGCGCAUGAGCCACAAGGUGGCAGUGCAGGCGUACACAAAGGAGCGCGACACCUUGAAGAGCAUGCUUGUGCGCACUGGGGGCGGCGCCAGUGCAGAACCAUAUGUCAACGGAACUGGGAGCUGGACUGGGAGCGGGGGCGUGAAUGGCGCAGCAGAGAGCGUCGCGUCGGAGCUGCAGGAGGUCGUACCAGAGUCGGAGCUGGUGGAGAUCUAGAGCUAGUUCGAUACGUAUAAGAUGCAGAUGGGGGUCGACAGCGUGCGGGUGCGCAACAAGCUCGUGAAGUUGCAGUGGGAGAACGGGCAGCUCAGGGUGUUGUUUGCCAAGGCUAACGCGAAGAUCGAGUACACGGCGGAGCGUCACAAGAUGACGCUGGAGCAGUACACGAACCAGGCGGAGGACUUGCGGGAUAUGAGUGUCUAGCUGCACGAUAAGUACACGCGAGCGGAUAUCGAGUGCGAUCGCGGGAUUGCAGACGUUAUCAGUGCGAACGGAAAGGUUGAGUAGCUUUUCAAUGAGCGCACGAACUUGCACGCGGAGAAGCGGAUUUGGGAGAUGUGCGUUGUGCCUUUUACUGUUUAUUCCUCUGUGUUCUUCUUAAUUGGAUGGACAUCGAUC